AUGGCUGACAUAAGAGAGAGCUCGCCAGCCAAUACUGACCCGGCAACAAUGGUAGCCAGGAGCUGUGAGUUUGAACCUGGUGACUCUUUGUUUGCACCUUUUACACCGAGCAGAUUUAGGCAAGCAGAUUGUGAUGCCAACUGGGUACCACCUCCAACUGUGCCAACCUGUUACGUCACAAUAUCUGGCUUUCAGAAUAUGACUCCAUGCACAAAGCAUGGUGACAGAGACGUGAAGGUCCUUGCCGCCAUUGACAGCCUCCAUCAUGGUUAUACAGUGAGAGCUUUCAAUGUUUUGAGCUGGAUCUUGCCCUGUGGCUAUGAAAAUUGCAGAGACUAUGUUGGCUGCAUGCGCAUUGAAUCCACCAAGGGCCCCGGCUAUGGCAGACCCCGUAAGGUUCUUGAGCAUGUUAAGCUCAACGAGAGCUGGAACAGUGGUUUUCAAAACCUUAGUGACGACAUCACCAGAUAUAAUGGCUUCGCACACGACAGACUUUCCACGGCCCUCAAUCCAGUUGACGGCAGCUGGUUUUUUGUCUGA